GUGGCGCGCAACUGUUGAAAAAUGUCUUACAACAAACUGAAGAGGUGGUUUUGAUGCCAUUAUUUGUCACCAGCCUUUAAAACGGCGUCUAAAGACAGCUUGGUGGGCGUUUCUCUUUAUUAAGCGGAGCUCCACGUUGUAAAAAAUGUCGUUUGUGAGAGUGGGGCGUCCACAGCAGCACGCCAAAGGAAAAAGGCCUGUUCGCCCCAAGAAGGCAGCAGCUCAAAGAAGAGAGUGGGUGAUCAUCAGGGAGGUUUUCUCUGAUCAGCUGCUGCUGCAGGAUGUGUUGGCCCGUUCUGACAAAGCCCUGGCUGUGGUCAAAGACCUGUUUGGAGAUGCUCCACGCAGGCACACCGGACACCCCAGAGUGACUGUGGCUCCAAACUGUGACUCUGACUCAGAACUGCCUGUUCUUCAAAGACCAGAUCGUCCAACUCAUCUGUCUCUCCUCAGCCAGUCAAUGAUGGAUCAAGAGGCUCUUAAUGAACUGGAAGCUUCAGAGGACGACCACAGAGAUGAUGAUGCCCGUCCUUCUACCAGUUCAGAGUAUCAUGUAAUCCGAAGGGUCAAUGUACAAAAAAUGAAGGCGCAGCCUCGGGCUAGAGUGUCACAGCAACACAAAGGUCAUCAUCACAUGCAUCACCAUGGAGACAAGGAUAAUAGUCCCGUGACACCCUGUACAUCAAACAGGGCACCAGCUCAGACAGCUCUCAAUGCCACCGUGGCUGUUCAGCGUGUUCGGUCCAGACAGAGUCAGUCGGAGGACGCCAGAGAGGAAACAUCAGUCCUGGUUUCUCAGGUUCUUAAUUCUGAACCGCCUCAGAGCAAGUCAGACUGGAUCAGUAAUCACACCAGCAGAGGCAGGAAGUGUGUUUCCCAGGGUUCAGAGCUGGACGGCUCCUCUGUUGCCUCUCUCAGCGGGGAUCAGUCCAGUCUGGGGCUGCUGCAGGCCAUGUUGGGUCAGGUGGAGUCGGAUUUGGACGCACUGAGCCCUGAUACAGCACCAACAUCUGCACAGAGUCCCAAAAAUCACAGAACACAAAGCCUUACUGGAUUUUCUGUGGCCUUGGUCUCUACACUGGGACGUUUGGUGCACCUCCUUAAAAAGAGGGAAGAUGAAGCUCAGAAGGAGGCACAGGAGAGGAGAAAACUGGAGGAGGAGCUGAAAGAGCAGCAGAGGCUCAUUGAUGCUCUCACUGCUGAAACCAUGACUCUGAGAGAGGAGGCUACAGCCCUGCAGGCAGGGUUACAGCAGCGGACGGCAGAGCUGGAGCGGAAGUUGGACACAGUGGUGUUGGCAAUGGGAGGGCUCGGACUGCUGAGUGAACACAGUGGCCAAACCCCACACUCUGAGGUUAAAGUUGCAGGCUGUCAGUCUGCGACGGGUGCUGAGCGAGUACCUGUUUCUUCUGCUGUCCUCCUCUCACCACCUCAACAGCGGGACCACUUUCAGCAUGUUCCUGAGAGGCGGAGCCAGCAUGUGUGGACUCCUGAAGAACAACAGCUGACUCAACAGGCAACAUCACCCAACACUUUCAGUGCAAACAGCGUGGAGCAACGCCUCCUGGAGCUGAACAGGCAGAGCGCUGCAGCCCGAGGUCGACUGCUGGAAAUAAUCGAGCAACAAAAGCAAAGUGUUUCAGCCAGAGUCUCUCCCUCUGUCUCCCCGAUCCCGGCUUCUGCCUUCAGCCCAAAUCCAGAAUCCACGGAACGCCUGGAGGCAUCAGAGCUGCUGCCUGAACGGGAGCUCCGGUCACACAGUGGUGGCGGUGAGGGUGAGAGGAGGUUUGCUGGCUCUAAUGCAUCUUCUUACAGUUUUGAAAGAGAAACCAGGGAUGGCAAAGCACAGAUGGACAAGGAGAGAGCUCGAGAAGGUUGGUUUGCAUUGUCUGCUCACGUGAGGUGACAAGAAGGACAACCCAGCAUACCUGAAGAUUUUUAUUACAUGGAGUGUUCUUACUAUUUUUAUCUGUGUUAUUAAUGAUUUAAUUAAAAUGUUUUGACUUUUA